GAUUUAGAUUUGAUCUUCUUGUUUGUUUCCCCUUGUUCUGUAAUGGAAGAUCCUAUUUGCAAGAAGCGAGUUCGCGAUGACUCGGACGAGUUCGGCGACGGAUCUCCCGAGGUAAAGCGCAUCCGGGAAGACCUUCUGGAUGACCUUGAUUUAUUCGACCUCUGCACGGCGGAGAAUCAGGAUCUGGAGUCGUUCAUGAAGAGCUUCGAGGAGGAAAUAUCGCCGUCUCCGUCGCAGGCGGCGGCGGCGGAGACGGUCAUUGAUUUGACGUCGGAAUCCGGCGAUUCUCGGCCGGAUCUCGGUUUCCUGCUGUGUGCUUCAGACGACGAGCUCGGCCUCCCGCCAGCUGGCGCGCAGGAAUCGGAGAACUCGGAGCUUAUCCGCGUUUCCUCCGACUCGGCGGAACUGGCCGGCGGUUUUUGGGACGUGGACGGACAGAUACCGAGUCUUGACUCGUUCGCAUUCGUCGACUCGGGAAGUGAUUACGACGCGCUGGAUGGAUUAUUUAAUUCGGAUCUUUCUUUCGGGUCGGGUGAUAGUGUUUUGAGACCUGAAACCUUGCCGGCCGAUUAAAAAGAUUUAGAUCUAGGUUGUAGUAAUUGUAAAUCUAAAGGAGUAUCGAGUAUUUCAUUAUU